AUGCCGGAAGAUAGCACCUUCUUGAAAGAUUUCCGCUUCCUGGCCAAUGUCCAUCAAGAAUCGCAGUCGGACAGAAAUUUGGAAACGGACAUGAGUGUAACCCUCCACGAAAUACACCAAGAACUCAAGGCGGCAAGAGAUAUCGAUGAAUCCUGGUUCCACCACCUGAUCAACACCACCUGCACCGACAUCACAGGAGAAGAACUCGCUCGUCGCAUAAACCGCUUUCUGCGAUCAGCAACUACUAAGGUGGACAAGGACAAGAUCGUACGUCUUACACAAAGAUAUCUCCUCAUGGACUCCGUUUUCCUAGCUCUCACCAAGAGUGGUCAACUCUCUCCAGGUAGAAGAGAAAAGUGGGAACAGCAGAACUGGACUUAUGAAUAUAAGGCAGAAGAGGUCAUGAUUUUAGUCGACCAGGAAGUGCGGAAGCUGGAGCGCAAUAUCGACGAGAUGAAUUACGAGUUAAACCAAGCAACAAAGUCGCAAGAGAAGGAAAAGACUGAAACUCCAGCCCAAAAAGACGCCGUGCAAUCUUCGAGCGCUCAGAAAUCAGUGCACUACUCCGCUGCGUCAAUUCAGACCACCCCGAUCGAAACAAGAUCUGUAGAGACUCAAGUUCAGAUGGGAGCCGACGUCGAAGCCAGGAGAAGUCCGCAACAAAAAAGGAGUCAUAGCGACGAUUCCGAGGAAACAGCAACGAAGGUGAAAGUAAUAUCGGAUGAGGACUACCUAAUCCAACUUAUUCACGAGAGUGCCGAACGAGAGGACGAAGAAGACACAUCUGAGGAUGAAAAUAAGAAGGGAAAGAAGCACGAAGUCGAACUACCUAAGACUUAUCGAAGAACGAAGGUAAACACCCUGGAACAGGAUCUCAAAGAACUCGAAGAAGGAUUGCGAUUGCUUCCAAAAAGGCGAUUCGGAGAAUCAUCCAGAGGUGUCAACCCCAACAUAACGUGCGCUUUCUGCGGAAUUAGGGGAGUCCACUAUUCCGACUCGUGCUCGGAGCUUGUGCAUGGUGAUGACAGAUACCACUAUAUCAGGAGAAACCGGAGGUGCACCUACUGCUUAGGCUUUUGUGACCCCUACUCGAGAUGUAAAGAAGAAGAGAAGGACUGCUGGUACUGUAACGUCGUCAGAGGCACAGUUCUACGGUUCCUCAUCCCCAGGGACGACGGACACCAUAAAGCAUUGUGCACGAUUCCAGAUUCGAAGGAUAAAAUAAGAGAGGCCAUCCAAGAAGUAAGGGACGAACUGGACCAAGCCAGGAAGCAGUAG